AUGUCCCCGUUGCCGUGCCCUGCGAAAAAUGUUGAGAUUGUCGAUAUACAUCAAAAUGACGUGGAAUUCUCGCUCGUGAGCGAGAUUCGCAAGGGUCUCAACCCUCCCGAGGGUACUCCAAAAUCAUUGCCCACCAUGCUACUCUACGACGCUCAAGGGCUUAAGCUCUUCGAAGAAAUCACAUACGUGGAUGAGUACUACCUGACCAACGCGGAAAUCGAAGUGUUGCAGAACUACUCCAAGAAGAUUGUGGAACGCGUCCCCGAGAACGCACAAUUAUUGGAGCUGGGUAGUGGGAACCUUCGUAAGAUAAAGAUCCUUCUUCAAGAGUUCGAGCGGACAGGAAAGCACGUCGACUACUAUGCAUUGGAUCUAUCCCUGUCAGAGCUACAGCGCACCUUUGCCGAGGUAUCAUCUGACGAGUACUCUCAUGUUGAUCUCCACGGUCUUCACGGAACCUAUGAUGAUGCCCUUGCCUGGCUGAGCAAUCCUCAGAACCUACAGCGUCCCACUGUGGUUAUGUCCAUGGGAUCAUCGAUUGGGAAUUUCAGUCGUGAAGGUGCAGCAGAGUUUCUUGCCCAAUUUGCUCGGCUACUCAAGCCGUCUGAUCUGAUGAUCAUCGGGCUAGAUGCUUGUACGGACCCGGAAAAGGUCUAUAAGGCAUAUAACGAUUCAAAGGGCAUUACCCAGAGGUUCUACGAGAAUGGGUUAUUACAUGCAAAUGCAGUUCUUGGAUACGAGGCAUUCAAGCUUUCUGAAUGGGACGUGGUGACAGACUAUGAUGUUGACGGGGGUCGACAUCGAGCAUUCUACUCACCGAAGCAGGAUGUUACGAUCGAUGGCGUGCUUCUGCAAAAAGGCGAGAAAUUGGUUUUUGAAGAAGCAACCAAGUAUAGCCCCCAACAACGGGAGCAACUCUGGCGGGAUGCGAACCUCGUCCUUUGUGAUGAGCUUGGAAAUAGCUCUGAAGAGUACCAUAUCCAUCUGCUAUCACCGCCCACCCUCAGCCUUCCCAGCCAACCGUCCGAAUAUGCCGCCAAUCCGGUUCCGAGCUUCAAAGAAUUCCAGUCAUUGUGGACCGCUUGGGACACGGUUACAAAGGCCAUGGUGCCCCGAGAAGAACUCCUCGCGAAACCAAUCAAGCUUCGCAAUGCAUUGAUCUUCUACUUUGGACACAUCCCCACGUUCAACGACAUUCAUUUGACACGAGCUCUCGGUGGCUCUCCGACAGAACCACGAAACUAUCGACAGAUUUUCGAGCGUGGAAUUGACCCCGACGUAGACAAUCCCGAGCACUGCCACUCUCAUAGUGAAAUUCCAGAUGAAUGGCCUCCCCUUGCCGAGAUUCUGGAUUAUCAGAACAGAGUCAGAAGUAGGAUUGAAUCGGUUUUGCAGAGGGAUGACAUAACGCGGAACCGCUGCCUCGGGGAAGCACUCUGGAUUGGCUUCGAGCAUGAAGCAAUGCACCUGGAGACCUUCCUCUAUAUGCUUUUGCAGAGUGACAAGACCCUCCCACCGCCGCUUGCAGACAGGCCAGAUUUUGAGAAGUUGUUCCAUCAGGCCAGAGCGAACGCGAAACCAAAUGAAUGGUUUGCUAUACCCGAACAGACAUUAUCCAUUGGGCUCGACGAUACUGACGAACGAUCUUUGCCUGAUAUGUCUUUUGGAUGGGACAAUGAGAAGCCUCGACGAACAAUCACAGUUCGUGCUUUCGAAGCACAGGCUCGUGCUAUAACAAACGGCGAAUAUGCCAAAUACCUGCAAGCGACUCGUCAGCGCCGGCGGCCAGAGUCCUGGGUCCUAACUCAUUCGGAUGAGAAUUACCCAAUCUCCAAGGGGGUGACUAUGGAGAGCAGCCAAGCCACGAAGGAUUUCAUGGACAACUUCGCUGUCCGCACCGUAUUUGGACGUGUUCCGCUCGAAUUCGCGCAGGACUGGCCUGUUAUGGCUUCCUAUGACGAACUGUCCCAAUACGCCGAAUGGGUGGGCUGCAGACUUCCCACUUAUGAGGAGGUCAAGAGUAUCUACAACUACUCCGCUCAGCUGAAGGAGGCAAGGCAACGUGAGCCAUCAGAUCACGAGAGCAACGGUGUCAACGGCACUAACGGUGAUAUGAUGACGAACGGGCACUCGAAGGUUCACCCGGAUAAGCCUCGGACCCCAGAACACCAGCCAGUCCAACCUCCUUCCCAAAGCACAAUGCCAGUAUUUGUUGACCUCCACGGUUGCAACGUUGGGUUCAAGCACUGGCAUCCUUCCCCGGUCAUCCAGAACGGCGAUCGACUUGCCGGUCAGGGCGAGUUCGGAGGAGUCUGGGAAUGGACCAGCACGCCAUUAACGCCACAUGAUGGCUUCAAGGCCAUGGAUAUUUAUCCAGGUUAUACAGCGGACUUCUUUGACGGAAAGCACAACAUUGUCCUGGGUGGCUCGUGGGCAACGCAUCCCAGAAUCGCCGGGCGGACAACAUUUGUCAACUGGUAUCAACACAACUAUCCUUACACUUGGGCGGGGGCACGUCUCGUGCGCAGUCAGUAG